UUUUAAAAUUUUGUUUGCAGGAUCUUCACUCCACCCGAGGUGCCUUUCCCCGCAACUCUUGGUUGCCACGACCAGAUCCAUUCCGGACGCCCUCCUCCUCCGUUCCGAUCCUCCCUCCUCCUCCUCUCUUCCUUCCAUCUCCCCCGCCGUCCGCCCAUCGCCGGAGGCGUCCUCCGCCGAUUCCUGCGUGGUGGAGUGCUUUCGAUUCGAACCAUCUCUGGGGCUGCUCCCACCCCUCAGCUGAACGUGAACAGGGCAGGGGCCAGGGGAAUAGGGGAUGCUCCCAGCUUAAUCAAGGGUACCCCUGAAUCGAAUGGGGUCUCUUCUCACUAGGACCGGCGUCCUGCCAUGGCUCCAGAGCAAGAUUGUUGAUCCCGUGCUGCAGGUCAUCAGAAGGGGAGCGGAACCCAAGCAACUGGCCUUCUCUGCUGCCCUUGGAGUCACCAUUGGAAUCUUUCCAAUAUGUGGGACCACUGUUAUUCUUGGUGGCGUUGCUGUAGCAAUGUUGGGAAGCCGUUGCAAUGCUGUUACUCUUAUGGUUCUAAAUUUGGCCGCCACUCCUAUUGAGCUAAGUUUGAUCAUCCCUUUCCUGCGUUUGGGAGAAGCAGUCACGGGCAGCGGGCACUUCCCCUUGACGGCCGACGCAUUGAAGAACGUCCUCACCGGCCAUGCCUCAAAGGAUGUGCUGCUGAGCAUAGUCCAUGCGAUGCUAGGUUGGCUGAUUGCCGCGCCAUUUGUACUGGGCGUGUUGUACACCGUCUCGGUCCCGUGUUUCAAGAUCCUGGCGGAUAGGUUUGGCGGCAUCCCUUCGAGCCCCAGGACGCCGAUCAAGGCGGUGUAGCUAGUGUGGCAUGCCCAGUGCUCCUGAAGCUGUGUGUACAACCAAUUCUUUGCUAUGCCAGCGGGUUGAGAUGGGUUACGGCGUCAUGUUGCUCGGCCAUCCAUCCCAGAAACUGGCGAAUAAUUAGACCUUGAGCUAUCACAUGUUAUAUCCCCACUGUAAUUCUGUAUGCUGGCUUCACGAUCAUGUAGUGAGAUAUGUAUUCCUGAAUUCGCGAAGUCUGGAUAAAUAAAGUUUGGAAGCACUAGGGCCAUGGAGCCGUGACGUACUGCA